AUGCCGGAGCCCGGGCCGGACGCCCCCGGCACCGCUAGCGCGCAGCCCCCACCGCCGCCUCCCCCGCCUCCCGCGCCCAAGGAGUCCCCGUUCUCCAUCAAGAACCUACUCAACGGAGACCACCAUCGGCCGCCCCCUAAGCCGCAGCCGCCCCCACGGACGCUCUUCGCUCCGGCCUCAGCCGCCGCUGCCGCGGCAGCCGCCGCGGCCGCUGCGGCCAAGGGAGCCUUGGAGGGAGCCGCGGGCUUCGCGCUCUCGCAGGUGGGCGACCUGGCUUUCCCCCGCUUUGAGAUCCCGGCGCAGAGGUUUGCCCUGCCCGCGCACUACCUGGAGCGCUCCCCGGCCUGGUGGUACCCCUACACCCUGACCCCCGCCGGCGGCCACCUCCCGCGACCUGAAGCCUCGGAGAAGGCCCUGCUGCGAGACUCCUCCCCCGCCUCGGGCACCGACCGCGACUCCCCCGAGCCGCUGCUGAAGGCCGACCCCGACCACAAGGAGCUGGACUCCAAGAGCCCGGACGAGAUCAUUCUGGAGGAGAGCGAUUCGGAGGAAGGCAAGAAGGAGGGCGAGGCGGCGCCGGGCGCGGCCGGGGCGAGCGUGGGGGCGGCGGCGGCGGCGGCGGCGGCGACGCCGGGCACCGAGGACUGGAAGAAGGGCGCAGAGAGCCCGGAGAAGAAGCCCGCGUGCCGCAAGAAGAAGACGCGCACGGUCUUCUCGCGCAGCCAGGUCUUCCAGCUCGAGUCCACCUUUGACAUGAAGCGCUACCUGAGCAGCUCGGAGCGCGCCGGCCUGGCCGCGUCCCUGCACCUCACCGAGACGCAGGUCAAGAUCUGGUUCCAGAACCGCCGCAACAAGUGGAAGCGGCAGCUGGCGGCCGAGCUGGAGGCGGCCAACCUGAGCCACGCCGCGGCGCAGCGCAUCGUGCGCGUGCCCAUCCUCUACCACGAGAACUCGGCCGCCGAGGGCGCGGCGGCCGCGGCCGCGGGGGCCCCGGUGCCGGUCAGCCAGCCGCUGCUCACCUUCCCGCACCCCGUCUACUACUCGCACCCCGUGGUCUCGUCCGUGCCGCUGCUCCGGCCCGUCUGA